AUGUGGCUGGCGCUUUCCCCAGGUCGUCGCAUAUUUGCAUCAGAGUCAUGUUUUGAUUUGGAACCUGUGUUAUGGGCCUACUGUGCUUUGGCCGCGGUGGUCAUAUCUGCAUUAUACCCCCAAAAGACUACUCAGUUUGAAGCUCGUAUGAAGAAGAUUAUGCAAGCUGAUGAGGAUGUUGGGAAGAUUUCCAUGGCUGUGCCUCUUCUAGUCUCUGACAAGGUUCCUGAUCUAGGUGGUUCUGAUGCUGCUGGUGAAGAUUGUUCUGCUGCCAAAAGAAGGAAAGUUAGUGAUGAUGAUGAAAAUGACAGUGAUGAUGAGGCCAAGAGAAGUAAGAUGGUAAGAUAUACUUCACAAGACUCUGGAGGAGGCUGGCCACACAACCAGCAGUGGCGAAGAAAGGGCACGGUCAGAGGUAGAGAUUGUGGGCAAGGUAGUCGAACAGUUGAGUCUGUGGUGGCCGCUCACUCUGAGAAGUUUGAAGAUGAUUCUGAAAUUUCCAAGCACAAUCAAGAGGUACAAAUUCUAGCUGGUAAAGGUGAAGAUGCACCAAUUCAAAAUUUUGACUUGAAUGUGGUCUUGGAUGAGAAUGGGGACUCGACAACUGUAGCUGCUGGCUCUGGCGGUUCAUCUGCUGAGCCUGUUCCAGAAAUGAAACAUGACGAAUACCUUGGCUGGUCCUUAUCUGACUUGGAAAAGAUGGCCAUUGAUCCCAUUCAACUUGCCAACUUAAGUAGAAGAAUAGAUGAGGAUGAGGAAGAUUACGAUGAAGAGGGUUGAAUGAUCAUGUGUCAGUACUGGUGUUUGUAGUUACUUACCCCAAAUAGGACGGCAGUUGUUAUUUUCAGAUAUAAAAGUAGAUUUCAGGUUAAUGUUGCUCUGACAGAGGGUUAGGGAGUAGGAAAUGGCAAGAUGAACAAA